UUGCAAGCCUAAGGCCAGAAAUACCAGGAUGAUGGGAAAUGACACCUUUAACAGUCUAAGCCUUCAGCUGGAGGGUUUGAAGGUCAUGGAGACAUCUGUGUACCCCGUCUUUUUGUUUUUUCUCUUCUCCUAUCUGCUCAUUAUGAUCCUGAACGUGGGGAUUAUAGUGCUGGUGUGCUUUGAUAGAAGCCUCCAUCAGCCCAUGUAUUUGCUGUUCUGUAACCUUCCAAUUAAUGACAUCUUUGGAAAUUCAAUCAUUUUGCCCCGUUUGCUCUCUGACCUCCUGAAGCCUCCCUCAGAAUUGCUCAUCAGUUACUAUGAAUGCGUUGUUCAGGCUUUCUCCACACAUCUGUUCGGCACCGCUUCUCACACGGUGCUCAUGAUCAUGGCCUUUGACCGAUACGUGGCCAUCUGUAAUCCUCUGCGUUACUCUGCAAUAAUGAGCAACAGAAUGGUGCUGAAGCUGACCGUCUCUGCCUGGGGCGUGGCCUUUGUUCUGGUCGGGAUUCUGCUGGGUCUGACCGUACGGCUGAACCGAUGCAGGACUCUGAUCUCUAACCCGUACUGUGACAACGCCUCACUGUUCAAGCUGUCCUGUGAGAGCGUGGUCAUCAAUAACAUCUACGGCCUGACCUUCACCGUGGUUCUGUUCACAGCCUCUAUAGGCAGCAUCGUCCUCACCUACACUAAGAUCACCGCUGUCUGUCUGAGCAGCAGGAACAAGUCUCUGAACAGCAAGGCCCUGAAGACCUGCAGCACCCACCUGGUGGUGUAUCUCAUCAUGCUUUUCUGUGGCGUUCUCGUCAUCGUGUUGCACCGUUUCCCUCAGUACUCGGACCAGAGGAAAAUGUCAGCCAUCUUGUUUCAUAUCAUCCCUUGCAGCCUGAAUCCAAUCAUUUAUGGAGUUCAAUUUAAAGAAAUAAAAAGAUUUCUAUCUUAUUUCAUUCAAUCUAGAAAAGUUAUACCUUCACUCUGAA